AUGUCGACUGCCGAAGAACUGUUGCGCGACUUCGAGUCCGAUGAGGAGUUCGAUGCGGGCGAGGAAAACGACCUACAGGCCGAGCAGGAAGAAGAGACCCAAGAAGCCCCCGGCGUGACCAACGACUUCGACCGCUCCAUCUCCACCGCCGAUGAACUGAACCGCCUACACAAAGUUCUGCGCGAUCACUACUCUAUCCGAUUCCCCGAGCUCGAAACUCUGGUCACAACACCCAUCAAGUACGCCAAAACCGUUGCUAUCCUCCAAAAUGGCCCUCUUAACGACAUCAAGGCACUUUCGAACACAUCGAACAAUAUGGUUGGCGCACCGCUCAAGUCAGUCCUUGACGGACCGUCGUUGAUGGUGGUUGCAGUAGAGGGAACCACCACCCGAGGCCGAGAGAUGACAGCCUCGGAACUCCAGCAGGUUCUUGACACAUGCGAGAGAAUUUUGAAGCUCGACAGCGAGCGCCUCGCACUCACAGAAAGCAUUGAAUCUCGCAUGAACCAGAUUGCGCCUAACCUGGCAGCACUCAUCGGACCCGAAACCGCUGCCCAGUUCCUCAACCAGACCGGAGGCCUUCUCGAGCUGGCGAAGAUUCCAGCAUGCAACCUGGGUGCACAAGGAUCGCGCCGACAGGAAGGACUAGGCCUUGCGACAAACCAUGGUGUUCGGUCCCAAGGAUUCCUCUACGACUCUGAGCUUCUCCAGGAAGUACCCAACGACCUCAAGAAACAAGGAAUCCGGAUUGUGUCGGCCAAGAUGGUUCUCGCUACCCGCGCCGAUGUCUCCAACUAUGCCAAGGACGGAUCCCUCGGCGAAGACUUGAAACAACAAUGCUAUAACCGGCUGGAGAAGCUGACCGAGGCUGCACCAAACUCCGGUACAAAGGCUCUCCCCGCACCCGACGACAAGCCUUCCAGAAAACGUGGUGGUUGGCGUGCCCGUAAGGCCAAGGAGGCCGUCGCCAUGACCGAGCUCCGUAAGGCGCAGAACCGCGUUGCAUUCGGCAAAGAAGAAUCAGAGGUGGGAUACGGCACGGGCUCUGGUACCGUUGGUCUGGGCAUGCUUGGCCAACAGAACGAUGGCCGUAUUCGCGCGACACAGAUCGACCAGCGAACCCGUGCCAAGCUUAGCAAGAACAACAAGGGCUGGGGCACAUCCACCCCCGCCAGCGGAACCGCUUCAUCAUUGCGUGGCUUCGGUCAAGGCGCAAGUGGCACAGCUAGUGUUUUGCAAGCCCGUGGUCUCCGCACGUCAGGUGUCGGAUCGUCUACAGCAGGUACAUCCAGUACUAUUGCAUUCACACCUGUUCAGGGCUUGGAGCUUGUGGAUCCCAAGGUGCAAGCAGAGCUGAAGCGCAAGCGCGAGGCCGAGGAAAACCGCUGGUUCAAGUCUGGAACUUUCACCCAGGCCCCGAACCAGGGCAAUGGCAAUGCGCCGGGUGGGGAAAAUGGUGGCUUCAAGGUACCGGCACUUCCUCCCAAGAAGAAGGUCAACACUGGCGAGGGCAAGAUGGGUCCGCCUCCCAAGCGGUAG